AUGGCCCACCCAGGCAGCGCGAGCUCUGGCUCUGGACGCGGAGGCGUUUGUCUCGCCGAACAUUCGCCUCAGUUUGCGGCGACUCGCGAAUCCUUCCGAAACACUCCCAGCUCGUCUUCUGAUAGCACCAUUCGCGAUGCCCAAUCACCUUCAGAUGUCUUUGCGGCCGAUCUUUCUAACCAAAAUUCGCAGCCCAAUCACAGGAACUACCAGCUGCCCCAGCCACCGAAGCUCCAGCCGACGAACCUCAAUUCCGCCAGGAGUCAGGAUCAGGGAAACAAUCAGAACCCAAAUCGUGCUGUCAGUCGGAAUCCUUCCCAUUUCUCAACAGGAAAGGCUUCUUUUCCCUCUGAGAGAACGGCAUUUGCAACUCCAACUGGUCGUUCUGCCGUACAGCCGAACGCCUUGGGACAUCGAUCUGGCCCGUUGCCGUCUGCUACAUCUAUCCGUGACUUCGGAAUUACCACCAACGUCAAGACUCCUGGCCAUCAUACUCCGGGCUCCUUGAACAACGACACUCGACGAAUCCAACAGGUUCCUGCCCCUAUCGAGGACAAAACGAAGCUCAAGCCAAAACUUGAACUCGUAAAGACGAACGAGAUUAUCGCAAAGAUGGCUACUCACUGUCAGAUUGACGGACCUUUGGCUGGCCCUCUCCGGGAGAGUCGCCGCUCCGAGCUGGCCAGAGACCAUCCUGCUUGGAUUCCCGCUCGGCAAGUUCAAGCCGGAAUUAUGACUACCCAGCAGGCGAUCCGCCGCACUCCUGGUAUUCCGGCCAACAUUGCCAACGACCUUUGCGAUGGCCUUCAGGUAUACUCGCAAAAGGUUAAUGACAUUCUCCGCCAGGCUGUCAAUGAGGUCGCGGACAUCAGAAUCGAUCUCGAGUACAACGACAAGGUUCUUUGCUCCAACAAAUUGGAGGCCAGUAUCAUUUCCGAGGAGCGUGAGCAGCUCAAGCGUGAUGUUGCCGAGGUUCACCGCAAGUACGAGGAGUUGGAGGAUCGUCUCGCGCGCUACCACGUCGAGCAGGAGAACCACAAGAACACGGUUCUCGAGUUCUUGGCCCGCCUCGAUCCUCGCAACAACGAGGAAGAUGAAGAUAGAGAGCAGGUUGUGACUGAGUUGCUUCAGACUCUUAAGGACUUCAUGGACCGCCCCAGCUCCCGCUGGAUGCACGGAGAGCGUGAGAACUCUUCCAAGGCUAUUGCCAUUCUCAGUACCGAGAGCAUCGCCGCGCUUGAGAAAGAAAAUCAGCCCCAGUCGGCUAAGCGGCUCCAGCGAUCUCAAGAUGCACGUCUUGCUCGUGGUUCUGAAUCUCAUGAGAUGGUCCCCACCUUGGACAAUGCUAUGCAGCCGUUCCACUACCAGCAGAACAUGGUGGGCUUUCCACCUGCCCAGAAUGGCCCUCCCACUUCAUUCCCGGGCAUGUAUGGCCCUGGUCGUCGCUCUGGGUCAUCCGCGGGCUGGACACGCGCAUCUAGCGGCGCCCAUACUCAGCAUGCCGGUUCUUACCCGCGAACCCGGGACAUUCAGAGCGGUUUCAGCGGCGGAUUCCAGCAGCCCAACGGCUUUGCGGGUCCCAGCAACCACCGAGGCCAGUUCGACGUGCCGUCUCGCCCUGGCACUGCCAUGGGCCACCGCAACUCGUUCCGUCCUAAUGCUCCUGAGUUCCACCCAGGCAUGUACGGCAACGCGGACAACAGUGGCUUCCAUAACGAUCCGUCUUACAACAUCAGUUACGGUCUAGGAUCCAAUGCUGGCUCUCGCCAUAACUUCAACGGAGGCAGCACCCCUUUCCGCAGCCCGACCCCUCGUUCCGCUGCUCACUACAGCAACUUUGAAGGACCUGGUGGUGGCUUUAGUCGCCCGUCUCCUCUAGUUCCUUCGGGUCGUCAAGGCUCACAUGGUUCCCAGUACGGUAUGGGCUCGAACCACAUGGGAUACAACAAUGACUACUCGAUGGUUCCGCAGCGCACUCGUAGCCACGGCCCCAACUCGUCCGGUAACAGCCACCAUACGGCUAACAUCCGUCAACAAGGAGCUUUCAGUCCCGGUCCAUUUGGCCAGGGUGGUAAUGGCCCUAGCCAUGCAGUCACCAGUCCCUUAGCUCCCGGCAACGGCUUUGGCGAGGACGAGGGCGGUGACAAUGAACGCUACGCUCGUGCUCUUGAGGGCGUUUGGGGUCUUGCGCGGGGCUAG